CAUCCUUCAAACUGAUCUGAUUGGAUGAUUUUAAGCUAACCAUAUAUUUUUUGUCUGCCAAGGAAAUCUAGCAAUGGCAGUACUCUCAAAUACUAUAAUGUUGUGUUUUGUCACACUUGUUCUGCUGUCUGUUACUGUCGAGGCAAAAACAAGGCAUUAUAAUUUUACUAUAAGAUUCAAGAAUUAUACACGUUUAUGCCACACAAAGCCCAUUGUGACAGUGAAUGGGAGAUAUCCAGGCCCAACAAUAUAUGCAAGAGAGGGUGACACACUGCUAGUCAAUGUCACAAAUCAUGUGAAGUACAACGUUACAAUACACUGGCAUGGAAUCAGACAGUUAAGGACUGGGUGGGCUGAUGGGCCUGCAUACAUCACACAGUGCCCUAUUCAAACCCGCCAAAACUUUGUAUACAACUUUACAAUCACUGGGCAAAGAGGCACACUAUUCUAUCAUGCCCAUAUUCUGUGGCUACGCGCAACAUUGCAUGGCCCCAUUGUCAUCUUGCCAAAGAAACAUGUGCCGUAUCCUUUUCCCAAGCCUCACAAGGAAGUCACACUGGUUCUAGGGGAAUGGUGGAAUGCAGACACAGAAGCUGUAAUAAAUCAGGCUCUCAAAUCAGGAGGAGCCCCAAAUGCAUCAGAUGCUCACACCAUUAAUGGGAAACCCGGGCCUCUCUUCAAUUGUUCUACUAAAGAUACUUAUGCUUUGGCAGUAGAGCCUGAUAAAACCUACCUCCUCCGAAUCAUCAACGCUGCACUCAAUGAUCAAGUUUUUUUCAGCAUAGCAAACCAUCUCUUAACAGUGGUAGAAGUUGACGCAGUAUACACCAAGCCAUUCAAUACAAAGGCAAUAGCCAUUUCUCCUGGCCAGACAACAAAUGUUCUCCUCAACACAGACAAGAAAGCAGGAAGAUGUUUCAUGGCAGUCCGAGCAUUCAUGGACGCCCCCAUCCCAGUCGACAACAUGACUGCAGCAGGCAUACUUCAAUACAUCGGAACACCCAAUACUUCCAACCCCGUAAAGCCUGUAAUCCCUAAGAUAAACGAUACUGCUUUCUAUACCAACUUCAGCAAUAGUCUCAAAAGCUUGAAUUCUGCAGCAUUCCCUGCAAAAGUUCCUCAGACAGUAGACCGAAAUCUGUUGUUCACAAUAGGACUUGCAUUGGAUUCAUGCCCAACUUGUGCUAAUGGCAGUCGUGCAUCUGCAUCAAUUAACAAUGUAAGUUUUGUCAUGCCUACAAUUGCUCUUCUGCAGGCGCAUUUCAACAACAUCAGUGGAGUUUUCACAAAAGAUUUUCCAGAUAAUCCUCCCACGCCCUUCAACUACACAGGCACACCGCCUAAGAAUCUCUUCACAUCCAAAGGAACAAGACUCACUAGUUUGACAUACAAUUCAACAGUGCAGUUGGUGCUUCAGGACACCAGUAUUCUUACAGUUGAUAAUCAUCCAAUUCAUCUCCAUGGCUUCAACUUUUUCAUUCUUGGGUCAGGUUUUGGUAACUACAACCCAAAGAAGGAUCCUGCUAAAUUCAAUUUGGUAGACCCUCCAGAGCGUAAUACAGUGGGAGUGCCAACAGGAGGGUGGACUGCUAUCCGAUUCAGAGCAGAUAAUCCUGGGGUGUGGUUCAUGCAUUGUCAUCUGGAAGUGCAUACAACAUGGGGACUGAAGAUGGCAUUUGUGGUGGAGAAUGGAAAUGAGCCUGAACAAUCCAUAUUGCCUCCUCCAGCAGACCUUCCAAAAUGCUAAAUUCACUUUUACAUUGAUAACAUCUUUACUACCAUCUGUUGACUAAAGCUAAAUUAUGUUAUGAUUAGUAAUCCAUAGUUGCAGCAGUCAAAGUUUCUGCUCUCUACGAGGGAUUUUGUAAUGAUCCAAUGUUUUCCAAUAAAUUUUGUUUCCUUGUUCA